AUGGCAGGAAAAGCGGCUGGCUCGGCAGCUAAGGCGGUAGCAGAAUAUCAAUAUCCGUGGUGUGAGAAGUUAGCAAAAUACAAGGAUGAAUUGGCUAAGGGAGUGUGGGGAUACUGGGAACUAGGGGCGUGGAAGCCGCUAAGUAUUAGUGCUCGGCAUAGGGCAAGACUUCGUAAAGAAGUACUUGCGGGGGAAGAUUGGACUUUUGAUCCUGAAAGAAAGGAGAUGAAGACGAGGCAAAAAGGUCAUAAGGUUGAUAGGAUAGCAUCUGAGAAGAGGGCAAAUACUUCUAGGUUGUUGGAGAAGAUGCCAGAUAUGUUGCUUGAUUACAAGAAGAAAAAGUGGCAGAAGAAAAUGAAGGAAGAAGACAAAGGCAAACUUUGA